AUGUCAACUCACACAUCCAGACGAACAUCUUCACGUCAUAACCCUACCAUAUCUUCGUCUUCUUCUUCAUCCCAUCAUAUCUCCAAUAAACCUUCCUCUCACACAAACCAACAACAACCGAACCCCUCUUCUUCCCCACCAACAUCCGUCCAUGCAUCCGCAGAAGGCACCGGUCACCCGCUCAAGCGCGUGCGCAGGAAAGAUACAAUUGAAUCACUCAUUACAAGACCACCAUUACUAGUCCGUCCAGCUCUUGCCCAACUCCGGUACCACGUACUCAUGGACGGUCUACGCGUAACUCCACCACAAGCUCCUGGCGAUCCGGAAACUGGGCUAUGUGCUUACCGGCCCUACGUGUGGUCGAUACUAUUACGCGUGAGUCCCGCUGAUUUACCUGCCGAAAAAUACGUGGCGCUUGUUAGGAAAGGCGCGUCUCCGGCAUACACAAAAAUCCGUAACGACACGUUUCGAACCUUCACCACUGACGCCGUUUUCCGUUCAAGGGUUUCGGAAAACGCGCUGGUAAGAGUGCUCAACGCUGUCGCUUGGCAACGCCACUUGUGUGCAGACCCGGAGCAGCCGGCGCCGGCGCCGGAGUUUCUGUAUGUACAGGGAAUGAACGUUUUAGCGGCACCAUUUUUAUAUCAGUGUAAAACAGAGGCACAAGCGUUUGCAUUGUUUUACACGUUUCUAUCGCGUGACUGCCCGCUAUAUGUGGUUCCGACACUUGAAGGCGCUCACACUGGACUUAAACUCGUUGACAAGUGUUUGGAAAUCAUUGAUCCGGCGCUGUUUGAUCAUUUACAAAGCAAGCUGUUGACUGCGGAACUGUAUGCGUUUACUUCUGUUCUUACGUUUAGUGCUGGCACACCGCCGUUAUCACAAGCACUUGUACUUUGGGAUUUUUUAUUUGCAUAUGGCCCGCACUUGAAUGUUUUAUUUGUAAUUGCCCAGUUGACUUUGAUGCGCUCACAUCUGUUUGAAGCACAAAGUCCAAUGACACUGCUAAGAAACUUCCCUCCGCUACAGGCUCAAGAGAUUAUUAAAUUGGCAAUCUCGUUUGUCCCACUGUUACCGGACUGGCUCUAUGAUUUGCUGGUGCGGCACCCGUUCGAUCCGGCAGUAAGUUCGCAAUUGGCUGCCAGAAGUUUACGUUCUCGGAGCUCCAGAAUUAACAUGAAAAAGUGA